AUGGAGGAUCGCUGUCGUUUCGUCGGUGGCGUUGGCGACGAUGACGGCGAUAGCGGCAAGCGACGACGCUCCCGCACCAACUUCAACUCCUGGCAGUUGGAGGAACUGGAGAGGGCGUUCCUGGCCUCCCACUACCCGGACGUGUUCAUGAGGGAGGCGCUCGCAAUGCGCCUCGACCUGAAGGAGAGCCGUGUCGCGGUCUGGUUCCAGAACCGGCGCGCGAAGUGGCGCAAGAAGGAGCACACGAAGAAGGGCCCAGGGCGACCGGCGCACAACGCCCACCCGCAGUCCUGCUCGGGGGAGCCCAUUCCGCCGCACGAGCUCAGGGCUCGCGAGAGGGCGCGAAGAAGAAAGAAGCUGGCCAAAGCGUUGGAGAGGCAGGCGAGGAAGCUGCGCGCGAAGGGCAUCGCUGUAGACUUGGAGGCACUGAAAGCAGAAUACCUGGCCCAGCAUAGGAACAGCGGCCUGUACUCGGAGUCAGACGGCGACGGGGAAGGCGAGGACAGCAUGAUCGACGUGGUCGGGGGCGACUCGUGCCACGACUCCGGUCCCGAAGACUUCUCGCUGUCGGGAAGACUGCGCGCCCCCUCGGGGGGCGACGCGGUCAACAACUCCGACAGCUCAACGUCGGACGCGCACUCCGGGAGGCACUACAGCCCGGUGCCCGAGCAGCAGCCCUCGUUCUUCAAGCAGUUCGCGGGCGGAAGCUUCGAGAAGUUCGACUUCGACUCGGGCAGGGCCGUCUCCCUCGACCUGAGCGGCGCAGGCACCCCGACCGAGCAGCUCGCGAGGAACGGCGGGCCGAGGAAGCACAACCCGUUCAGCAUAGAGUCCCUACUAAACACG